AUGGGGCGCGCGCCUGCCGGCUGCGCAGCUGCGCGGCUGCGCCGCGAGCUGGCUCGGCAGCUCCGCCGCGCGGCGGGGCUGCGUGUCGCGGGCCCGCGGCGGGCGCGGCGCCCGGGGCGGCCGGGCACGGCGCGGCUGCCGCGCGGGCGCCGAGCCGAUAGGCGCGCGGCGGCAAGGCGCUGCCGCGGCGCCCGGCUGCCCUGGGGCUGGGCGGGGCGAGCGGGCCGAGAGAGGCUGGCGGGCCAGCGCAGGGCGACUGCGCGGGCGCGCGCGGGCGACUGCGCUGUUGUCCUGCAGUUCGCCGCGAGGGAGCAGCUGGACCACGAGUGGUCGCCUCUGAAGCUCAACGAGGGCAAGGUCAAGUUCGGCGGCGGGUUCUAUUGCGGCAGGAUCCAGGACCUCUUCGUCGUCAACGGCUUCUACAUGGCGAUGCGGAGGGCGUACACCCGGCCUGGCAGGUCCGUGCACUGGUUCGUCGUCAGGUGGCAAGCCGACGACAUUCCCUGGAAGGAGUUCCGACGGGAGGUCCUCGGAUCCACGCACCCUGAGGACGCGGAGGCCUCGUCGUUGCGAGGCUACUUCCGCGAUCACUGGAGAGCGCUCGGGCUGGAGGGCCCCCUGCACGCCGGCGACAACGCGGUGCACGCCUCGGCCAGCGCGUUCGAGGCGAUGGUGGAGCGAACCAACUGGCUGGGUGUCAGGCUGAAGGACGACCCGUUCGGGCAGCAGCUGAUCGACAGGGGGUUGCCCGAGGCUACUCUGGAGGAGUGGGCGUCGGACCCCAUCGUCUCCUUCGAGGGCAGGGAGUCCUCGCUGUUCGACCUGUUCGAGAACCUGGACGGCCGCGGGUGCCUCGAGCGGGCGGGCGCGCUCUACGGCGCCACGAGGCGCCAUGACCGGCGCACGCGCUGGCUGCAUUCUCUCUGGCGCUAGCAAAAGGCCGCCUGGGCUUCUCCGAGCAAGGCCCUUGCCGCAGUGACCUCGCUCGGCCCCACGGCAUCCAGAAACACGAAGCGGCACAACCAGAGCACCGCGCGGAC